GCCCGCCCCCUUCUACUCCCUACCAGUAGCGUGGUGCGUCCGCCUUUCUCCGCCCACCGCCAAGCGGAAAUUUCCUCCCCAGCCGGAUUUCUUAAAGCAGCAGACCGCCCCCUUCCCACACCGAGCUGCGGAGGCAGAAGGGGAUUCUCGCCGUGUUAGUGUGGAUUCCAGCCAGAACCGCCCCUGCUGUGGGAACCCGGAGACUCUAGCCCCACCCCGACAGGGGAGAAAGCCCUGAGAGAUAAUUCUGACAACUACGUGGAGGAACCCACUUUAGAAGCAAUUACAGAGCUUCAAUUAAGGCAUUGCCUAGUAAGAACCACGUCAACUCCACAGGUGAUGACUCCUGGUGAUGGCUUGCAGGGUCAUAAACAAAAGAAGGCAUAUGGGACUUCAGCAGCUUUCCUCAUUUGCAGAAACAGGAAGAACAUUGCUAGGCCCAGUAAAAUCAUCAAAAUUUAUUACCAAUGAAGACUGUCACGAAAGUGUGUUAAUCAGUUCAACAGUAAGGCUCCUUGAAAGUUUAGAUAUGACCAGUGCCGUGGGCCAGCUUCUCAAUGAAGCAGUUCAAGCACAGAAUGACACAUACAGAACCGGAGCCACUACUCUUUUGUUCCUUGCUGGUGCGUGGAGCAGUGCUGUUGAAGAAUGUCUCCAUCUGGGUGUCCCCAUUUCUAUAAUAGUGUCAGUCAUGUCGGAAGGCUUGAACUCUUGUAGUGAAGAGGUAGUUUCCCUUCAGGUACCUGUCCACAAUAUAUUUGACCAUAUGGACAGUACAGAGGCAAUUUCUGCACUUGAGACAGUUAGUGUCAGUUUGUGUCCUUUUCUACAAGACCCUUCAGGUGCGAGUUCAAUGCAGGAAAAGCACGAUCUCAAAGAUGUUGCACUUCAGUUAACCACUUCGAGUAUUUCUGGGAGAUCUGGUAAAUCACCUAAGUUCUUCAAACCUCAGGCUAAAGUUGAAGCAGGUGAAAACACAUCACAAACUCUGAAAAAGAGUCUGCAUACAGAUACCUGCUUCAGAAAAUCAGUACUCACCCACAGUAGGCAUUUUAGCAGGACAGAUAACAGUCAAUGGAUAUGCAAAGCAGAUAGAUUUCUGGAACAAGGUGGUGCCACUACUUUGCAGACUUCCGGAUGUCAUGAUUUGGCUGAGCUGGCGGUAGGCUUGAGUCAUGGGGAUGGGAGCAGCAUGAAACUGGUAGAAGAAGCUGUACGCCUGCAGUAUCACAAUGCGUGUCGGCAACCAGGCAGCUGUGUAGAGCCGUUUGUGUUUGACGUUUCAAGACUCUUCACUUUCUGUCUACCGGGCUUACCUGAAACCUUUUCUUGUGUUUGUCCAGGAUAUAUCACUCUGGUAUCAACAUCUAGUGCUGCUCUGAUCCAGGAAUUGCAGAGUCAGCCUGUCCGGGUAGUUCUCAUUGAGGGUGACCUUACAGAGAGUUAUCGCCACCUGGGAUUUAAUAAGCCUACAAAUAUUAAAACAGUGCUAGAUAGCAUGAAUCUGCAAGAAGACAGCCCAGGAGAAGUGUGGGCAAAUCAUGUACUACAGCUGUUAACCCAGUUCAGUGUGAAUCUCGUCCUGGUAGAAGGCAACGUAUCUGAACACUUGACUGAAAAGUGCAGGCGCAGUAAUCGGCUCAUUGUGGGGUCAGUGAAUGGCCAUGUGAUUCAGGCUUUCGCAGAGGCUACAGGAGCAGUGCGGGUGGCGUAUAUCACACAAGUGAAUGAAGACUGUGUGGGCAGUGGGGUGUCUGUGACCUUUUGGAGAAGCCCCUUGGAUGAUGUAGAGAGGAGCAAUAGAAUGGCAAUCUUAUUAAAAACAGAAGGAAUUGAUUUGAUUACAGUGGUGCUCACUAGCCCAGUCAGUGCGCAGAUGCAGACCAAAGAAGAUAGGUUCUGGACUUGUGCAUAUCGUGUCUAUCAUGCCCUAAAAGAGGAGAAGGUCUUCCUUGGAGGCAGCGCAGUUGAAUUUUUGUGUCUUAGCCAUCUUCACGUUCUUGCUGAGCAGCCUCUGCGAAAAAGAGACCACGCCUAUUUGGGAUGGCUUCCUGAUACUUCCUCUUGGCUAGCCUCAUCUCUGGCAGUCUACAGACCAACUGUGCUUAAGUGCCUGGCGAAUGGAUGGCACAAAUACCUCUCUGCUCUUCUAUACAACACUGCCACUUACUCAUCAGAAUUGGAAGCCAGCACGUUCAUUCAGCAUCACCUACGAAAUGCUAUAGACUCUGGCUGCCCUUCAUCUUAUAUCUUGAAAGAACAUAGUAAACUAAAUAGUGGAAUAUUUAACUCAGGCAUUUUGAAUAAACUGGAGCAAAUUCCAAGAGUUUAUGAUGUUGUUACACCAAAGAUUGAGGCGUGGCGCCGAGCACUGGAUUUAGUACUCUUAGUGCUGCAGACAGACAGUGAAAUUAUCACUGGACUUGGACACGCACACAUAAAUUCACAGAAAUUAGAGGGUUUCUUAUUUUUGUAACGUUAUUGGCUAAGUCUGUCAAAAAUAAUAUUUUGUAAUAGAUCAGAGGAAUAAUAAAUUUAUUAAUAGUAAAGUCAUAGUGCCUAAAAUGCUAGCUACUUACCAAGAAGAAAAUAAUUGACGUCUGUCAAUAACUGUGCAGGGUCUGAGAAUUUACCUUACUUGUAAACUAACAAAUUAGUCUGUUGCUAUUUCAUGGGAUUCUACGUAAGAUGCAUAAGACACCUAAGUGAGAGGCAGAUGCCUUUUAUUACUCAACAGAAGCUGUGUCAAGAGCUUUAUGUUGGUUUUCAUUAAUUCCCUGUUUGGGUCCUACAAGGGCAACACAAAGCGUCAGUGAGAACCUGCAAAGUGGAUUGUGUUGGUGGGGAUGAACCUUGAGCUUGAAAUAGUCACUGCUUGUUAAUAAGCACAAACAGUGCUGCUGCUUUGUCUAGCAGGAGCUGUUAUCACGUACUUCAAGGAGACCUUGUGUGAACACAAGCCUUGGACAUAGAUUAGAUAAAAAUGAGUCAAGUCCUUGCAUUCUUGGCAUGCCCAAUUAUCAGGGACCCCUGCAGUGAGUCUCCAAUUCCCUGCAAGGUGUUAUGGUGCACAGUGAAAAGAGAGAAAAUGACAAUGCAGUGGGGAUCUGGGAUGACCAGUUUUUCACGGAGAACAAAAGACCACAAGGCAGCCAGAACUCGGUAUUUACUGAUCACAUUCACACUGAGGAAGAUGGUAAGGGGGUUAGGGCUGGAUGUGCUAGAUAAGUGGCUAGGCAGGGAAGGCUUGUAAAGAAGGGACAAAGCAUUCCUGCAAGGGUGAGACAAGGGUAGUAAGGAAACUGUAGUUUCCCCAGGUGAAACUUUUUACUACUGCUACUGCACUGCUUUAAGAUCUUUGUCAUCCUUAGUGCCACAGCAUCACUCAACAUAGGUUUCAGCUGUGACCAGAAGAAAGAAGGGAGUUUCCUCAUUGCAGGGGAGUUUCCUCCUCCUAAUCUGGCUCAAAAGGCAGGACACGGCCCGGAGUGAUGGCGCACACCUGUAAUCCCAGCACUGGGGAGGCUGAGGCAGGAAGAUCUUUGGGAGUUCAA